UUUGUUGCUUCACAAAAUUUCACAUACUUCAAGGUCCAGAUAAAUGCAUAUAACUGAGAUUUCUUCAACAAGAAUGGCAGGCUAUCCUGCUGCGGCUUGUGAAACAUCAUAUGCUAGAAACACAGAUGAACCAAACCAUGAAGAUGGUUGUGAGCAUUUAUCUGAGGAAGAGAAGCUUGCUGCAGAAGAGAGUCUUUCAAUUUAUUGCAAGCCUGUAGAGUUCUACAACAUUCUUCAACAUCGAAUGCCAUUAUUCCUUUCAAGAUGUUUAGACUACAGGAAAAAGGCGAAGAACAAGAAGAGGAUACUAAUGACAGUUUCAUUGUCAUGGAAAGAUGAUGAAACUCAGUCUUUGUUUCCUUUAUGCAUUUGUAUGGCAAGGCUCCAUCCUAUUGGUGAAGAUGAAGAGGAAGAAAAGUAUUCUGCUGUUUAUCAAACCAAUCAGAUAUUCACAUUUCGAGGUUCCUCUGAAAUUGAUGGGAAUGGAAAUACUCAAGUCAAGGCAAACUUUAUGCUCCCUGAAAAUGAAAAGUUAGCCAAGAAGGCGGAAUCUGGCAAAUUUUUUAUCUUGGUUUAUGGGAAAAACCCAAAUUCAGCAUCUGGAGCCAAUGCAAGUGUGAUGCCUUUGGAUGUGGCUUUUAUUGAAUCAAGAACUGGAGAGAGCUUCUUAUUUGGGAAGUUAUGCUUACAAUCAAUUUAUGCGGUUUGUUGUUGUAAUCCAAAUUUUAGUUUGGGGCAGCAAACUGAGAUCAUGUCUGCUAUUGAUUUGCUUCCAUGUAUUUUGGAGUGUGGUGUUCAAGGAAAGGACAAGAGCAUCUCAAUUCAAAAGCCUAGUAAUUCUGAGGAUGAGGUUUGUUCUAGCAUCAAUAUCAUUUACCCACUAAGCAAAAACUUCACCACAACAGACUUAAGUAUUUUAAAGCGACUUCAAAUCUCAAUUUCUGCUAAAGGAUUUGGAGCUGAGGAGAAAUCUCCCUACCAUAUACAUGCAAGCAGCGAUGUAGCAUCGUCAUCAUCAUCCCGUAACAUUCGGUUGAAAGAAGGAAUUGUCACAUUCAAUUACAGGUAUUACAAUGAUAAGUUGAGGAGAACUGAAGUUACUGAAGAUUUCUGCUGUCCAUUCUGUUUAGUGAAGUGUGCAAGUUAUAAGGGAGUGAGGUGUCACCUGCUAUCAUCUCAUGAUCUUUUUAACUUUGAAUUUUCGGCAUCAGAGGAUUGUCCUGAUGUACAUGUGUCUGUCAAAAGUGAUAGCUGGAGACCAGAGAUUGUUGCAGAUGGUGUUGAUCCAAGAGUACAAACUUUUUUCUUCUGUGCCAAGCCAUUCAAGCGCAGAGAACCAAAGAAAACAUCUCUUAGAUCAAUUAGUAGAAAUAAGACAGACCAACUGCUCACCGAUCCUGAAGUUCCUGCAGGAGAUACUGAGCUUUUGGAGCAAGCUGAGGGUUCAACUGCAAUUAUUUUACAUCCUGGUUUGGAUUGUGUUGCACCCAUAUCUGAGCAUGAUCAAGGGACUUCUGCAAUGGAUGUUGACAAGGAAGGUGUUUCAAAUGCAAUUAUUUUACAUCCUAAUCAGGAUGAUGUCUCACCAAUAUCUGAGCAUGAUCAUGGGACCCCUGCAGAGCAACAGGUUGACAAGAAAGGGAAGUUACCACUUGUGCAAUAUGACCCACAAAUCAUUGCCAAAUUGGAGAAGCGAAAGUUUCAUCACUCUCGCACAUACCAGCCUAUGGCCCUGGAAGAAGUACUAUCAGAUCAUGACAGUGAAGAUGAAAUGUAUGAUGACAUAGGUACAGAGAUUUUAGAUCGAAGGUUGCUUAAUACUAUUGAAGUGAGUGAUGAUGCAAAGCAAUUCAUGUAUAUGUGGAACAUAUUUGCUCGGAAACAUCGUGUGCUGGCAGAUGGUCACAUUCAUUGGGCAUAUGAAGCUUUCACAAGAUUUCAUUGCAAAGAGCUUGCCCAAUCCUCCAUGUUAACUUGGAAUUGGAGAUUAUUUAUGAUCAAACUAUGGAAUCAAGGUCUUCUAGAUGCUAAGACCAUCAAUAAAUGUGGCAUUAUUCUUCAAGAAUACCAGAAGCAGAAUUCAGGUCCCAAAAACUAAAGAAAAUUCAGUUUUUUUUUUAAUCCCUUAAAAAUAAAAUAAACAACAGAUGGCACAGAAAAAGACUUCGUGACAAGGUGCAUUUUGCUGCCAUUGCUUUGUGGAAGUUUCUUAUUUUCAAUGUGUCUUUGUUAUAUACAUUUAUUUACUUCA